CUGAUAUGAAUAUUUCCAAGAAAAUUCACCUAAAAAGGAAAACUUAAAAUUCUCUACAAGUAGCACGCGCUUGCAUAACGACACCCGUUCGAGUUCGAAUCGCCCGAAUUCGUUCUAAAGUCGCAACUAUCUGAUCACCGGUAAUUUGUCCGAUAGCGAAUCGAACUUUUCGAAUAUUUGAAUUUUAAUCGCUGUUCAAUGUUGCGUGUAGUCGAAUGAACAAUCUUUGAAUCGAGAAGCGAAUUCGCAAUUUGGAAGAAACAGUGACAUCAUCAAGAUGGUGCUGAAGAUGUCCAGGGUGAAGUACGCACCAUUGCUGGUCUUCCAGCUGGUGCUUAUGGUGUUAUACUUCAUAUUCGUCAGAUACGGCGAUGGCAAAGACGCUGGAGUCAAAGGUUUCGAAGACACCCACGUGAUGAUCUUCAUCGGUUUCGGGUUUCUAAUGACCUUCCUCAAAAAGUACUGCUACAGUGCCCUUGGCUUCAACUGGCUGCUGGCUGCCCUGGUCAUCCAAUGGGCACUGCUGUGUCAAUCUUUCUAUCAUAUGGAAGAUAAUAUCAUCAGGGUCACUAAGAAAUCCUUACUUGAGGCGGACAUCAUGUCGGCGACAGUGCUGAUCACCUUCGGAGCGCUCCUCGGGGUGACCAGCGGAGUCCAGCUGCUCUUCAUUGCCAUCGUGGAGACCGCAGUCGCUUGCCUGAACCUGUGGCUCGUGGCAGAUAUCUUUAAGGCGGCCGAUGUUGGUGGUUCCAUAGCCAUCCACACGUUCGGUGCUUACUUCGGUCUUGGAGUCAGUCUUGCCUUGAAGCCAAAGCCAAGCCCUGAGGCUCCAGCCACGAACGGCAACGCAGUCCCAACGGUCGACUUGAAUGGGCCGACCUAUAUCUCUGACGUCACUGCUAUGAUUGGCUCUAUUUUCCUGUGGAUCUACUGGCCAUCUUUCAACUCGGGCUUGACCAAUACCGACGCGGAGUACCAACGGGCUGUUAUUAACACUUACUUGUCCCUGGCUGCUGCUACAGUGACCACCUUCAUAAUCUCUUCAGCAGUGAGCAAGCACCAGGGUCGGUUCGACAUGGUGCACAUUCAGAACUCCACGUUAGCCGGUGGAGUGGCGGUCGGGUCGGUGUGCAAUAUGCACAUCGGGCCGGGAGGUGCCAUCGCUGUAGGCAUUGGAGCUGGUCUCCUGAGUGUGGUGGGGUACCGGUUCUUGACGCCAAAACUGACCAAGCUUGGUAUCCUGGACACCUGUGGAGUCAACAACCUCCACGGUAUGCCAGGGCUGUAUUCAGGGUUGCUGUCUGUUCUCUUCGCUGCACUGGCCACCAAAGAUGCUUAUGGGGCUCCUGAGCUGGUCUCUGUUUUUGGGGCUAUGGAUGAGGGUGGAAGGACGGCUUCAAACCAAGCUUUGUACCAAUUCAUCGCUCUAGCUGUAACGUUCGUGCUGUCUCUAGUUUCUGGAUUUUUGACAGGUUUACUAUCUAAGCUGCCCAUCUUCGAAUCCCUGAAGGAGACCGAAAAAUACGACGACGAAAUUAACUGGGAAUUGCCCUAAUCGAGUUUUCUACAAUUGGCCCUUUAUUUCCAACUGGAAUUUAACACAAUUUCGACGAAAUAAAGGCAAACCUUUGGGUGUCUGUAUCCCCGGGGAAAAUUAUACAGAUAUUAUGUAAUGCAAAAUUGUUUUGUAACUUAUCCUGAACCUUGGGGUCGGGACCAACGUCAUAAUUAUGAAUCUUGUAAAGGUAAUAUUAAGGUUGCAUUUCGUGAAUGAUUUUUUUAUAGGUGAUUCUGCUGCUUGAAAAAAGUAAGCUCAAGUCUCUGAUUAAGCAUUCUACAAAAUAUAGAGUCACUAUUAUAGUUUAAGCAAGACUCUUACUUUAAAAUCAUAACUACUAACGUUACUUUUUCUUCCACCAUUUUAGCCAAGCAUUUUUGCAAAUAUCAAUUACUAAAAAAUGCCUGUCUAAUAUUUUGUUCUUUUGUAAGUAAUCAAUAAAAAACUUAGUUCACGAGAUCAGUAUUAUGUAUUUAUAAAUAGCAAUUAUUGUAAUAUUAAGUUUCCAGUCGAAUGGUGGUAUAAAAUAACUUUUUAUUAGUUUUAGCUCUCUACCAAAGAUAUUAACAAUUUAAUUCUUCUGAUACAAGUUGCAUUUACUUUGAAUAAUUUCAAAUCAUAGGGGUCUAUUUUAAAAUACUGUAACUUCAGUUUGCAAGAACGAGAGAGAUAGUGACAAAUGUUAUCAAAGCCUGAGACAGGAGAGUCGUUUGUCAAAAUGGUUUUAGCUAAGUGGGCCCUAUGCAAACCAUUUAAUCAAACAAAACAUAAAUAGUACAUUCAGUAAAUGCAAAUAUAAUUAAUUGUUACUGGAGUGUAACGCUUGAAUUAUUUGGUAUUGAAAUAAUUACUGUUUCAUUUCAAUUUUGUUGUUUUGUUUCUAUCAUUAAUUUUACGUUACAAAGAAUUUAUGUUGAUUUAGUUGCAUGUAUAAAAGUAUAAUGUAUUUUUAUAAUAAUGGCAAUAAAAUCAUUUUUAAAUUUUUAAUUGUAAAUGUUACUUAUAUUAUUAUACUAACAAAAUAAACAAUAAUUUACCUGAAAA